AUGCAGGACCCUGCAUCUUUACGGUACCUACCACGGCCCGGCCGGCUUGUCUCUACCGAAACCCGAAGUGCUGGCAUCGGUAUCGGUAUCUGCUUCCUGCCGCCAAGUGCCGACGCCGACGCCGACAUCGACAUGGCACGACAGGAUGGGAUGAGCAAGUUUCGAAGGUUGUCUCACGCUAGUGAGCUGAGCAAACUACCAGCCUACCACUAUUCCCAACCCCGCCCGCUACAAACCAACACCAUGUCCGCCGAAGACCACACCUACAAGUUCAACGUCAGCAUGAGCUGCGGCGGCUGCUCCGGCGCCGUCACGCGCGUCCUGACCAAGCUGGAGGGCGUUAAAUCUUUCGACGUCUCCCUCGACACGCAGACUGCCACCGUCGUCGCCGAGCCGUCGCUGUCCUACGAAAAGGUCCUGACCACCAUAUUUAAGACGGGCAAGAAGGUCAAUAGCGGUGAGGCCGACGGCGAGGCCAGGAGUGUCGAGCCCGUCGCCGUUGCUUAG